AUGUUAAAAUUUACCAAUUUUAUUUUCUUUACUUUAAAAUCUAAAAAUUUUGUUAGAAAAUUAAGUUUAGAUAGAAUUAUUACACCUGAAACGUUGAAAGAAGUUAUUGAUAAAAAAAUUGAUCAAGUAAAAAUUCUUGAUUGUACUUAUACUUUUGGACCUAAACCAGAUUAUGAAACUUUUAUGAAAUUAAAAUAUGGAAAAUUUGAUAAAUUAAUGAAAGAAUCUUCAGAGAGUAAAGAAAAAUAUCUAGAACAACAUAUACAAUCAUCAAUAUUUUUUGACAUGAAUUGUGCCUUAUAUCCUGGUAAAUAUGAAAGAUUCUCAUUUUAUAAUAAAAAUGAAUUUGAGGAAUACCCAAAAUUAUUAGGUAUCAAUAAAGAUGAUCAUUUGAUUUGUUAUAGCAGAGGUUCUGGUGGUGGAAAUACAUUUGCUGGACGGUGUUUUAGAAUUUUUCAAAUGUAUGGUCAUAAGAAUAUUUCACUUUUAUCAGGUGGUUUUGAUAAAUGGAAAGAUUAUAAAUUUCCAAUUGUCAAUGGUGAAGAAAAAAAAAUUACUAAAGGAGAUUGGUGUGGAAUUGAUAAAAAUGAUAUAAUAAUAACCUUUGAAGAGUUAGAGAAAAAAGAUUCAUAUGGAAAAUGUAUUUUUGAUAAAGUUGGGUCCAGUAUAACAAUGUUAGAUGCUAGGAAUGAAGAAGAAUUUGAAAAUUCUCAUAUAAGAGGAGCAAAUAGUUUUCCAGUCAAUAAAUUAAUCAAUACAGACGGUACAUUAAAAAGCAAAUAUGAAAUAAUGGAAAUUAUAACUAUUAAAAAGAUAAAUAUUUCCAAUCCAAUAAUUACAUAUUGUGUUACUGGAAAUCUAGCAUCAUUGUUAAGUGUUAUUCUUGAGAAUAUUGUUUUAUUACCAAAUAGAACAUAUAAUGGUAGUAUAUAUGAAAUCGAGGCUCGUGACCCUUCAAAACUUACAUCAUAA